GGACGCGGGUUGUGUGACGAUCACCGAUAAUUAGUUGGUGGUUAACGCGCAAGUAGAAAAAAGAGCUCGCCCCAGGCUGCCAGCAGUAAAGCGCCACCGUGGCACGUGCCCCGGGGAGUGCCGCGGUGACCGAGUUUGCACGCAGAGCCGGACACCGCCUGGGGAGCAGCGCUAGUAGCCUGGGGGCGGGACGCGGCGGCCGCUCCCUCCGCCCCCUAGUAGCUGCCACCGCCUGGCUGCGCCCCAGCCCAGUAGCUCAGACGCGACUGCAUCCCCGGGACCGUAGAGGCUGCAGAGAGCUAGAAUCCGGAGUCGCAGCUCCGGGCCGCAGAGCGCUGGGCGAGCGCGAGCGCCAGGGCACUGGCAGGGCGGGCAGCUGCGCUCGCGGCUGGAGUCAUGCUAUACUGAAAAGACACUCAAUCAAGAGAACUCUGGGAGAAGCAGGAAACCCUGUGCCAGGGACAGGAAAGAUAGGAAGGUCUGGGGAGCUCAGAGUGACUGGCGGCAGCCUUAAUUCCCAGUUCAGUGGAAUCCUUUUGUCUCCUAGUGGAAGCACACCUCCCUUUGAAACUAAGACCUCUCCACCAGCAAAGGGCUGGAGUGAAUUGACAUGAUCUCAGCUCGUUGCAACCUCCGCCCCCGGGGUUUGAGAGAUUCUGCUGCCACAGCCCCCCAAGUAGUUUAGAUCCAGGGACUUUUAAUUCUUACGUGAAAGAAAGUGUAUCAGAAUUUUUUAAACCUGUCUCAGAAAUAACAACAUAUUUUAAUCAGAGAUUUGCUGAAGCUUCAGAGAUCACCUGCCAAACACAGGCUGAACCUGACAGCAUGUCACACCAGGAUGUUGCUAUGAGGACAGAUUCAUCAAAAAUGACUGACGUGGAGUCUGGGGUCACCAAUUUUGCAUCUUCAGCAAGGGCAGGCCGCCGGAAUGCCUUACCAGACAUCCAGAGUUCAGCUGCCACAGACGGAACCUCAGAUUUACCCCUCAAACUGGAGGCUCUCUCCGUGAAGGAAGAUGCAAAAGAGAAAGAUGAAGAAACAACACAAGACCAAUUGGAAAAGCCUCAAAAUGAAGAAAAAUGAAGGCUCAUAAUCUAUCAAGAGUGCUGAAUUUCUGCAUGUUGAAAGACUUAGUGGUUCUGUUUUCCUGAGACGUUUAAUCUGGUGGUAACUGUGGUAACAUUGCAGCCCUAAGCAGCAUGUGUAUAUUAGAUAAUUGUGUUGUGAUGCUACUCACUUUGAUUGCAAUGAUGAUGUCCAAUCUAAGCUAUUAAAAGGCGGGUUACUUCCAAAUCACACCGAAGGAAAAGGUUAAAAAUAAUACAUCAUCACAGAAAUGCAUACCAUUGUCUGUAAGCCCAACAAAAUUCACUGUUCUGCUUUGGAUUUACUUAGCCUGAUGUAUUUUUAAUUCAAUUUUUAUGGUGAUGAGCAAAUCAUUUCUUGGUAAACGUAAAUCAAACACCAUUGAUUUAAAACUUCAUGGAAUUUGUAGAAAAUUAUGGACUUUUUUUUUUUUUGGUGAGAAAGAACAAUAGUCAAAAUCACAUGGAUGGUGUUUGUUUUUAGCCAAAAAUGCUCCAGAUUUUUUCCCAAACCUCAAAAACGAUUUGGAAAAAUUGUAAAAGUUUGAUAACAGAAACAUCUUUAGGAUAUUUUUGCCUGACAUAUUUUGCUUCUAGUAUGUGCCUACUGUGAUUUUUUUUCAUGUGGAAAAUGCAAAAUUUGUAACAAAAUGGUUAUAUGGAACAUGCCUAUUAAAUGAGUUUUACUAUCUUCCUUAACUUUGGUACGUGUGUGUGUGUGUGUGUUUUACUUUAACAUGAAUUAUACAAAAUACUAGUGGUUUUACACUCUCUUAUUCUUAGGGCUUUUGUGUAUGUCUGAUUUGUUUUUAAAUACCUUCCUCAGGAAUGCAGACCUUAAUUUUUAUAUAUUUUUAAAGUAGCUAACAUAGCAGUAGGCACUUAAGCAUUUAGUCAAUGAUGCUGGUAGAAACAGUAAAAUACAUCCUUUAAAAGUAUAUAUCUAAACAUAUAUUUUAAAAGGAGCAAAAAUAAAACCAAAGUGCUAGUAAAUUCUGAUUUAUUAGACAUUUUAGAAAAAUAAUAGAAUUCUGAAGUUUUAAAAAUGUCAGUGAUUAAUUUAUUUUCAUUUUUAGAAAUAUAUGCAUGCAGUUAUAUUUUAUUUGAUUGUUGACUUAGGCCACGUCUGUAUACAGUAACCGAAUAAACUCUUUUGCUGCUAAAGAGAUUUGUUACUGA